CGUGUUGUUCGGCCUAGUAGACUACUCAGUUCCCUCUUGGAUUAAACAACUCACAUGGGAGCUUUGGUGUUGUCAGAGAUGUGGCGGUGGCGGACAGGACGGCUCCUUCAGCUGUCCUCCAGCCUCCUGCUCCUGUUUUGUCUCCUACGGGGCACCCAGGCUGCGCCCCAACAUUUCAGCUUGGAAGACACCGACAGCAAAGAGACGUCUGUCUCUCGGCAUUUCUCGGUGAGCGGAGUCAGCUACAGCACAAAGUCUAGAAGUGUGGAAGGCCAUUCUCGAUUUGGCACCUCUCAUGCUGCUGCUGGCAGGGAAGUUCCUUCUGGAAGUCCCAGGGGAGGUGCCGGAAGUUACCGGAUUCAUCAGCACUUCGGAUUGAAUUCUGGUAGUGGGGCGAGAGGUGUACCUCACUUCCAAGUGCAGCCCGCAAGUCUUGAGAAUGACCCCCGUAGUUUUGAGGAAAAUAAUCAACGCAGCAUAGAACUUGUUGUUGGGAGUUCUGUGUUGUCAGGUGCUGGAAGACCAUCUGGAACCCAAAGUACAUCCCAGUAUAUUGUGUUUGGUGACGAUAAUGUUUCCAUUGACCAGCAUGACUCUCACGAAGAUGAUUACUACAUGCCGUACAGGAGCCUGGGUAGAAGGUACCACCCAGAGGGCAGUGACCCCACCGCCCCUCAAAAACUCUUCAUACCACCUCCAGCUCCUCUUGCGGUCACAACAAAUGUUCCAAAACGGACAUCAAGCUUAAAUAGCCCAUUUUUACUUUCCUUAGAAACAUCCGAUGAAGAGUUCGAUGAUGCUAAAGAACUUGAUGAUUUGUUCGAUGGCGACGACGACGACAUACACCUCUACAUGGGCAAAAAUAUUGUGAGUGUAAAAUAUGACGACAGCAGCGAAGAGCGUAUAGAACUCCAUGAUGAUGUCUUAAGCAACCACUACAACUACGUCGAUAAUCAAGGCACCGUCCGAUGGGGCUACAACCUCGAAGACCAGUAUCAAAAACAAAUUGUGAAAACCGAUGGAACUAUGGAAGGAAAAUAUGGAUGGACAGCUCCAAGUGGUCAAGAAAUUAAAGUGGAAUACAUCGCAGAUGACGGAGGUUUUAGGGUAAUUAGUUCAAAGGGUAUUCAUCCAGAAGAUGACCAAGAGGUAAAACGGUUGAAGGAUCAGCAUUUCCAAGUUCAACAAAGUAUUGCAAGUGGCGGAGGCGUGCCCUCUCCCGGUUCACAUCAGCCUGGUACAAUGACGGGCCCAACAGGAGUCCCACUCCCUGAAUUUGGUACCGGCAGCUCAGCAGGUGCCCCUGGAUCACCUGGUUUCUCAGCAGGAGCCCCUGGAUCACCUGGUGUCUCUAUGGUAGGAGUUCCUCUUCCAUCACCUGGUCCAGGCGAGGGAGGCAUGACAAGGGCGCCGGGGUUUCCCUUUUCAAGUGGUGAUGAGUCUUUUUUAGUACCUAGUGGAGCUGGAGUUCCUCUUCCAUCACCUGGUCCAGGCGAGGGAGGCAUGACAAGGGCGCCGGGGUUUCCCUUUUCAAGUGGUGAUGAGUCUUUUUUAGUACCUAGUGGAGCUGGAGUUCCUCUUCCAUCACCUGGUCCAGGCGAGGGAGGCAUGACAAGGGCGCCGGGGUUUCCCUUUUCAAGUGGUGAUGAGUCUUUUUUAGUACCUAGUGGAGCUGGAGUUCCUCUUCCAUCACCUGGUCCAGGCGAGGGAGGCAUGACAGGGGCGCCGGGGUUUCCCUUUUCAAGUGGUGAUGACGAGUCUUUUUUAGUACCUAGUGGAGCUGGAGUCCCUCUUCCAUCACCUGGUCCAGGCGAGGGAGGCAUGACAAGGGCGCCGGGGUUUCCCUUUUCAAGUGGUGAUGAGUCUUUUUUAGUACCUAGUGGAGCUGGAGUCCCUCUUCCAUCACCUGGUCCAGGCGAGGGAGGCAUGACAGGGGCGCCGGGGUUUCCCUUUUCAAGUGGUGAUGACGAGUCAUUUUUAGUACCUAGUGGGGCUGGAGUCCCUCUUCCAUCACCUGGUCCAGGCGAGGGAGGCAUGACAGGGGCACCGGGGUUUCCCUUUUCAAGUGGUGAUGACUCUUUAACAAGUAGUGGAGGAUCAUUUGUGACCACAGACACAGGCCUCGGUCCAGCUGUGGUAGGCGUCCCUCUACCAACUCCACCAAGACCUGAAACUAGUGCACCAAUUGGCCCGCCUACUUCUGGUUUUUUUGGGGAAGAUGAGCAAGCUGCAGUAUUAGACAGAGGGGGAUUUGGUGUUGCCCUUCCUAGUCCAGGAGGGCCAGGUGUGUCUUCCCCCGAUAGACCUUCUAUUCCAGGGUUCACUGGGGAUGACGGUGGACCAACAGUAAUAGGAGGUACAGUUGGUGUAGGUCUCCCUGGCAUUGAAGGAGCAACCCUAGGAGCUCCAGAAUCCUUUGGACCCUGCUCACUAUCUGGCAAGCAACACCCAUCCCUUCUGCCACCUGAGUGUCGUGAGGAAACUACAACCCCCGAGUUAGGAGAAGGAAGUCCAGGGUUCGGUAUUGGUGCAGAUUUCGGGUUUGGUGGUGGAGUAGGAGUACCUUUGCCUGGUCCUGGAAGUCCUGGAUCCGACACUGGAGGUUUUGGGGUGGGUGGAUCAUUAGGUGGUCAACCAGCUUCUGGUGCAGAAGGUCCAGGGUUCGGUGCUGGUUCAGAUUUCGGGUUUGGUGGUGGAGUAGGAGUACCUUUGCCUGGUUCUGGAAGUCCUGGAUCCGACACUGGAGGUUUUGGGGUGGGUGGAUCAUUAGGUGGUCAACCAGCUUCUGGUGCAGAAGGUCCAGGGUUCGGUGCUGGUUCAGAUUUCGGGUUUGGUGGUGGAGUAGGAGUACCUUUGCCUGGUUCUGGAAGUCCUGGAUCCAACACUGGGGGUGUUGGGGUGGGGGGAUCAUUAGGUGGUCAACCAGCUUCUGGUGCAGAAGGUCCAGGGUUCGGUGCUGGUUCAGAUUUCGGGUUUGGUGGUGGAGUAGGAGUACCUUUGCCUGGUUCUGGAAGUCCUGGAUCCGACACUGGAGGUGUUGGGGUGGGUGGAUCAUUUGGUGGUCAACCAGCUUCUGGUGCAGAAGGUCCAGGGUUCGGUGCUGGUUCAGAUUUCGGGUUUGGUGGUGGAGUAGGAGUACCUUUGCCUGGUUCUGGAAGUCCUGGAUCCGACACUGGAGGUGUUGGGGUGGGUGGAUCAUUUGGUAGUCAACCAGCUUCUGGUGCAGAAGGUCCAGGGUUCGGUGCUGGUUCAGAUUUCGGGUUUGGUGGUGGAGUAGGAGUACCUUUGCCUGGUUCUGGAAGUCCCUGGAUCCGACAAAGGUCAGGGUUCAGUGCUGGUUCGUUCAGAUUUCGGGUUUGGUGGUGGAGUAGGAGUACCUUUGCCUGGUUCUGGAAGUCCUGGAUCCGACACUGGAGGUGUUGGGGUGGGUGGAUCAUUAGGUGGUCAACCAGCUUCUGGUGCAGAAAGUCCAGGGUUCGGUGCUGGUUCAGAUUUCGGGUUUGGUGGUGGAGUAGGAGUACCUUUGCCUGGUUCUGGAAGUCCUGGAUCCGACACUGGAGGUGUUGGGGUGGGUGGAUCAUUAGGUGGUCAACCAGCUUCUGGUGCAGAAGGUCAGGGUUCGGUGCUGGUUCAGAUUUCGGGUUUGGUGGUGGAGUAGGAGUACCUUUGCCUGGUUCUGGAAGCCCUGGAUCCAACACUGGAGGUGUUGGGGUGGGUGGAUCAUUAGGUGGUCAACCAGCUUCUGGUGCAGAAAGUCCAGGGUUCGGUGCUGGUUCAGAUUUCGGGUUUGGUGGUGGAGUAGGAGUACCUUUGUCUGGUUCUGGAAGUCCUGGAUCCAACACUGGAGGUGUUGGGGUGGGUGGAUCAUUAGGUGGUCAACCAGCUUCUGGUGCAGAAAGUCCAGGGUUCGGUGCUGGUUCAGAUUUCGGGUUUGGUGGUGGAGUAGGAGUACCUUUGCCUGGUUCUGGAAGCCCUGGAUCCAACACUGGAGGUGUUGGGGUGGGUGGAUCAUUAGGUGGUCAACCAGCUUCUGGUGCAGAAAGUCCAGGGUUCGGUGCUGGUUCAGAUUUCGGGUUUGGUGGUGGAGUAGGAGUACCUUUGCCUGGUUCUGAGCUGGAAGUCCUGGAUCCGACACUGGAGGUGUUGGGGUGGGUGGAUCAUUAGGUGGUCAACCAGCUUCUGGGUGCAGAAGGUCCAGGGUUCGGUGCUGGUUCAGAUUUCGGGUUUGGUGGUGGAGUAGGAGUACCUUUGCCUGGUUCUGAGCUGGAAGUCCUGAUCCGA